CACUUGGAUGAAUAUCAUCACAGAGAACAGUCGAAGGAAGGAGCAAGCAGCCAGCAGCACGCGUCAAAACCACAAGCAACUUCACAAACCAACUUUUUAAAGGACCCCUUGUAUGGACCUUCAUCUCGGCUGUGUACAGGACUGAUUUUGAUUGCAUAUGAUUUUAGCCCGAAUGGGACAUAAAACGCAUCUCGUGCAUUGUUUCCUGGUCAUAUUUCUUUGCUGCGUCUUGACUUGGUGCAGAACGGAUGCAGGGAAUAACAUCACGGUGGCCGUGUUGCUCCCGGACAACAUUAAAUACCCGUGGGCAUCGCCGCGCGUGCUGCCUGCGAUACGCAUGGCGCGAGAGAACAUCCUGAAAAGCGGACUUCUCGGAGCGCGCGGGAUAAACCUGCUGAACUUCAGCGUGGAAGACUCCACGGGCUCGUGCUCCGAAAACAAAGCGCAGAUCAUCGCCGUGGACACGAAACUCUACCACAAACCGGACGCCUUCAUCGGCCCGGGCUGCGUGUACUCCGUGGCCUCGGUGGGCAGGUUCGCGUCCCACUGGAAGCUGCCGCUCAUCACCGCCGGAGGACUCGCCUUCGGCUUCGAUAACACAGACGAGUUCAGGACUAUCUUCCGCACCGGACCCACCACCACCAAGCUGGGAGACUUCGUCAACGCGCUGCACGCGCAGUUCAACUGGACGCGGCGUGCGGUGAUGAUCUUCCACGACUUAAAGCAGGACGAUCGGCCGCACUUCUUCCUCUCUGAAGGCAUUUUCCUCAACCUGCGAGACGAAAACAUCACCGUGGAAGCUUUUCCCUACGAGGAAGAACAUUCCAAUUAUAAAGACAUCGUCACUUCUGUCAAGGAGAACGGAAGAAUCGUGUACAUCUGCGGACCUCUUCAGACGUUCUUUAAAAUCAUGCACAGCUUUGAGGAGGAGGUGAAGAACCCAGAAGACUACGCCAUCUUCUACCUGGAUGCGUUUGGUGAGAGCCUGAGUGAUGAUAUGCACCGGCCGUGGCAGAGCUCAGAUGUUCAGUGGAAGGAUCCAGUCAAGCUCUUCCAGUCUGUAUUCGUUAUAACGUACCGGGAGCCAGACAACCCAGAGUACACAGCUUUCCGUACCGAACUCCACAAGAGAACAACGCAGGACUUUAACAUUCAGUUGGAACCGUCUUUGAUGGAUUUCAUUGCCGGGUGUUUCCAUGACGGAUUUAUGCUCUACGUGAAGGCCCUGAAUGAGGCUUUAGCAGACGGAGUGUCGCAGAACGAUGGUGUCGGUGUCAUUGCAAGGAUGCAGAACCGCAGGAUCUGGGGAGUGACAGGUCUCAUCAGUACAGAUAAAACCAACGCCAGGUUCACAGACUUCAGCCUCUGGGCCAUGACCAACCUGGAAACUGGACAGUAUGGUGUUGUUGGUCACUAUAAUGGAACCAAUAAGGAAAUUAUGUGGUCGGCUACAGAGAGGAUUCACUGGCCAAAGGGCUGCCCACCACUCGAUGAGCCUCGAUGUCUGGUCUCGUGUGAAGACCAAAUUCCUGUCCUAGGAAUUGUUGCUGUGGGCUCCGGUCUUGCCCUCAUCAUUUUUGGAAUGUCAAGCUUUCUCAUUUACAGGAAGUUGAAGUUGGAGAAGGAGCUGGCAGGAAUGCUGUGGAGGAUUCGAUGGGAGGAUCUGCAGUUUGAAAGCCCCAACAAAUACCACAGGCGCGCUGGCAGCCGCCUCACUCUUUCCCAGAGGGGUUCCAGCUACGGUUCCUUGAUCACAGCGCACGGAAAACAUCAGCUGUUUGCAAAAACAGGCUAUUUUAAGGGAAACCUGGUGGCAAUCAAGCACGUGAACAAGAGGAUCGAGUUGACAAGACAAGUGCUGUUUGAACUGAAGCAUGUAAGGCAAGAGAUGAGGGACGUCCAGUUCAACCAUCUCACCAGGUUUAUUGGUGCCUGUAUUGAUCCUCCAAACGUCUGCAUUGUGACUGAAUAUUGCCCCCGGGGUAGCCUACAGGACAUUUUGGAAAACGAGAGCAUCAAUCUGGACUGGAUGUUCCGGUUCUCACUGAUCAAUGACAUUGUCAAGGGAAUGAACUAUCUGCACAACAGCUACAUUGGUUCCCAUGGAAAUUUGAAAUCAUCGAACUGCGUGGUGGACAGUCGCUUUGUACUGAAAAUUACAGAUUAUGGUCUGGCAAGCUUUCGGGCGUCCAAUGAGAAUGAAGACUCGCAUGAACUUUAUGCAAGAAAACUAUGGACAGCUCCAGAGUUACUGAUAUAUGAUAGACCUCCACCACAGGGAACCCAGAAAGGAGAUGUGUACAGUUUUGGAAUCAUCCUGCAGGAGAUAGCCUUGAGAAAUGGGCCGUUCUAUGUGGAAGGCAUGGAUCUGAGCCCGAAAGAGAUAAUCCAGAAAGUGCGGAAUGGCCAGAAGCCCUACUUCCGUCCAACGACGGAUAACUCGCGUCACUGCGAGGAGCUGACCACCCUGAUGGAGAACUGCUGGGCAGAGGAUCCCACCGAGCGCCCAGACUUCAGCCACAUCAAGAUCUUCAUCACCAAACUCAACAAAGAAGGGAGCACCAGCAUCCUCAAUAACCUGCUGUCCCGAAUGGAGCAGUACGCCAACAACCUGGAGAACCUUGUGGAGGAGCGAACGCAGGCCUACUUGGAGGAGAAGAGGAGAGCCGAAAAUCUGCUUUACCAAAUCUUGCCACAUUCAGUAGCAGAGCAGCUGAAGAGAGGAGAGACAGUGCAGGCAGAGGCUUUUGACAGCGUCACCAUCUAUUUCAGUGACAUAGUGGGCUUCACUUCAAUGUCUGCUGAAAGCACACCGUUACAGGUUGUAACAUUGCUGAAUGACUUAUACACAUGUUUCGAUGCCAUCAUUGAUAAUUUUGAUGUUUAUAAGGUGGAGACCAUCGGUGAUGCCUAUAUGGUGGUGUCUGGUCUCCCUGUACGUAACGGCAAACUCCAUGCUCGUGAGAUCGCUGGAAUGUCAUUAGCUUUACUGGAGCAGGUCAAAAGCUUUAAAAUCAGACACAGACCGAAUGACCAGCUGUGGCUACGCAUCGGAAUCCACACGGGGCCUGUCUGUGCAGGUGUAGUAGGACUCAAAAUGCCCAGGUACUGUUUAUUUGGAGACACUGUCAACACGGCAUCAAGGAUGGAGUCCACCGGGGAAGCCCUGCGGAUACACGUGUCUUCCGCCACCAAAGAGGUGCUUGACGAGUUUGGCUACUUCGACCUCCAGCUACGAGGGGAUAUAGAAAUAAAGGGCAAAGGCAAAAUGAGAACGUAUUGGCUUCUAGGGGAGAAGACAGAUGUCUAUGUUAUCUGAGUGCUGCUGAUGGAGGGAAGCGCUGGGCCAAAACCUCUUCAGCACAAUCCUUGUUUUUUUCCCCCCUGGAUUUUGCUCUUGGUUUGAAAGGAUGCACAAACCAGCCCCAUCCUCACAUCGAACAUGUUACUCCUAAUACCUUAUGAGGAAUUAUAAUGUAGGUAUGUUUCAUACCUGCUCCAACUGCAAAAGAAACUGUAAAGGUGUUUUUUUUUAUGAUGAUGCAACUUCCAGUGUUGAUAGUUGAGGACUUUUUUUCCUCAAUGAUUUUACUUAUUUUUGUGCUUUCUAUAUCCAGAUUUGUACGUGAUUUGAAAAAUGAUGUGUAUCUAUAUACAGCACAUGAAAAGGGCAAAGGUACAAUGUACUGAACUUAUUGCUGGUGUCAGAAGUGAUAUUUUGCCCUGGUACUAUACAGGUUAAUAUUUGUAUAUAUGUAUAUCCAAGACAAUGUAAGAUAUUUUGUUCAAUAAACAAUCUGAAAAUUA